GCAUACUGUACUAGUAUUUAGUACAGCCCUAUAACUUUAAACAAACGUAGCUAAGUCAUCUUAUUAGUGUGCAAAACAAACAAAACUAAGGACUUUUACUUAAUAUAUAUAGCAGUCUGUUGCAGAGAAGAAACCAUGUUUUAUCAAGACUCGCUGGGGUAUGGUCUGACGAGGUUCUACGAAUGGGCGUUGUCCAAAGGAGACCCGCGAGUGGCUGACUGGCCUCUGAUGGCAUCCCCGGUCGCCACGCUCUCCAUCUUCUUCAUGUACAUUUUCACCGUUCGCCAAGGGCCGCGCCUCAUGGAGGCUCAGAAGGCCAUGGACAUCUCCGCGGCCAUCGUCAUUUACAACGCCGGCCUUGUGCUUCUCUCUGCCUACAUGUGCUAUGAGUUUUUGGUCACAUCGAUCCUGGCGGGAUAUAGCUAUGUAUGUCAGCCUACGAACUAUUCAAACGACCCGCUGGCUUUACGAAUGGCGAAUGUCUGUUGGUGGUACUUUUUCUCCAAAAUCAUAGAACUCGUAGAUACAGGAUUUCAUAUUCUACGGAAACGGCCCGUCUCCUUCCUCCACGCGUAUCAUCACAGCACGAUGCUGCUCAACUGGUGGCUUGGCGUUAAAUACGUUGCCGGCGGACAAUCGUGGUUCCUGGCAAUGCUGAACACGUUUGUUCACGUGAUCAUGUACUCAUACUACGCCUUGUCCGCCCUGGGUCCGUCCGUCCGACCGUAUCUCUGGUGGAAAAAGUAUCUCACCAUUCUACAACUGAGCCAGUUUGUAGCCGUCGUGAUUCACACAGGGACGAACAUGUUACAGCCAGACUGCGAGUUCCCACAGGGGUUCAACUAUGCUGUGUUCAUGUACGCCAUCUCUCUUAUAGUGCUGUUUACGAACUUCUAUAUCAAAACGUAUAAUAAAAAGGCCAGUCAAAAGACUAGCUAACGUAUGUUUAUGUUUAGGAAAACAUUUUACCUCGCUAUUUUUUCAGACAAACUAAUAUAACCCAUGUCAUAGUGUUAGUGAUGUCGGAGUGAUAAGACCAUGGCUAUUUACACGAAACUUACUAAACAUAUACGUCCAAAGACAGUACGCGCACGUAUAACAAAAAUCACAAUUAUGACUCAAUCGGUAACGAGUUAUUUCCCAUUUUGACUAAUAAAACUAACAACAGAUGGGCGUUAGA